AAUCGUUCGUUUAGCCACACCCAAAAAAUAAAUAUUAUUUAAGGUUAAUAAGAGAUGUAUUAAUUUGAUUAACAAAAUAAAAUAGAAAACAGGCAUACGCCUUUGCUUUUAUGAAUUGGUAUUAAAAAUGCACGCCAAAUAGCAUAGAGUAAUCGAAUUGUCAUGGCAACAAAUAUAGAGAUAGAACCGGGGGCAGCUCUCGAAAGUGCACUAGUCACUACAGAUUCCUACGAAAAUUUCGAACAGAUGAGCUCAAGCUUAGAGGAGAUUAAGAAUUCAAAUUUCAUUCCCUCUACUACGACAGACGAAUUUUUAGAUAAUUGUAACAAUUUAGAUAAUGAUAUUCACUUAAACUGCUCCAUUACGUCUACUAACAGCAAGGACGAGGAAUAUUUACAAGAUGAGGAGUGGCUGAGCAAGCCCAAGCAUGUUUUUGUGCUUAGCUCUGCGGGGAAGCCCAUCUAUUCUAGGUUCGGUAACGAAGACAGAUUCGCAAGUUACUUUGGAAUAAUGCAGGCAUUGGUCAGUUUCGUGCAAGCGGACGAUGACUCGAUCAGGAGUAUACACGCAGGUGAUACUAAGUUCGUAUUUCUCUUCAAGGAGCCUUUAAUACUCGUGGCGGUUUCUAAAACCGGGGAGUGCACCUUACAAUUAACAGCACAGUUGAAUUACGUAUUUAACCAAAUUGCGAGCACCUUAACCUUAAGUCGGCUGGUGAAAAUAUACGAGCAGAGACGGAAUUAUGAUCUCAGGCGACUGUUAACUGGUGUAGAUCGGUUCAUAGAUCAUCUACUAGAUUUUUCCGAAAAUGAACCUGCUUUUACCUUAGGUGCUGUCCAAUGUCUUCCAUUGAGCUCUUCAAUUAGAGAUACGAUUAGUGCAGCAAUUAUACAAUCUUGUAGUAAAAUUAAAAAUGUGGUGUUUGGAAUAUUAUUAGCGAAAAAUCAGCUUAUAACGCUAGUCCGUAUGAAGAAAUACUACAUUCAUCCUCAUGACUUACAUUUAAUAUUUAACUUAGUACAAGCCUCCGAAAGCUUUAAAACUGUGGAAAGUUGUUGGGCGCCAAUUUGCUUGCCCCGCUUUGACUCCAGCGGCUUCCUGUACGGUCACGUUUCAUAUUUAGCCGAAGAUUGUCAGGCCUGUCUCAUUUUGUUAACAGUUGAAGGGGACGCAUUUUCGUCGCUGAGCGAGGCCAAACAACGCGUCGUCGAGCGACUCAGGCGGGGCAGCUGUUUGGAAGCCAUUAACGAAUCUCUCAGCUCUCGGGAGGAAACUUGUAUGGAAGUCGGUUUUCCGGAGGUGAGGCAUUACUUGUACAAAUCGAAAUCGACAGCUCAGUUCUAUCAGCCCCAUAUAAGUGCACCCUACUCAUCCAAUCACAAGAGGCUAAUGAAUAUUUACAAACGCGCUCACUAUAAGCUUCAUUGUCCUACUAGGCCUUUGAAAUUGUUAUUUGAGAGGACGCCACAAGAUGCGAUCUUAGCGUGGGAUACGCGUGGAUUUGAACUGUAUGCGGUUUUAGAGCCUUUAAUAGAAACAAGUAGUGCCAUUUCUACAGUGGGACGAUUACUUAAUUGGAUAAAGAAGCGCGAAGACAAGCUAUUUCAUCUUAAUGCGCCUACAUUUUAAACAUGCGCCAGUUGAAAAUAGAAUUGUCACUUGUUAUAUAUUUAUUUGAACAUUAUGUGAUACUGAUAUCGAUAGGUUCUAAUUUUUUAAUACAUAAAUAAAUUUUGUUGGCGUUGUAUAUAAAUAAAAUUAGUUGAUAUCUA